AACGAGGCUCGUUAGUUUUCAUCUCAUCGCGGGAGUGGAAAGACGUGCGAGUAGGCAAAAUAAAUCAGUAAAAAUUAAAUUCGGUUAGCGCAACGUGAUGACAAACAUGGAAGAUUCCUCAGUAAAAUUUUUAAGCAAAGUAUUUGAUUUACUUAAUGAUGGUGAUGUGUUUGACAGCAGUGAUAAGUGUGAUAGUGAAAAAUCAAUGAUUGAUUUCAGACAUCCGUCUGAGUUGAAGAAACUGAUACCAUUCUCAUUGACCGAUAACAUAGAAACGCAACAUGACGAUGAUGAAAUUGAAAAGCUAUGUCGAGAUGUUAUUAAGUUUUCGGUGAAAACAAACAAUAGAAAUUGUCACAAUCAACUGUUUGGUGGCUUAAAUUUUUAUGGUCUCGGAGCUGAAUGGAUGACGAGUGCUUUAAAUACAAGUCAAUACACAUAUGAAAUGGCUCCAGUAUUCACAUUGAUCGAGGAAGCUGUAGUGAAUAUGUCACUUCAAUUAUUUGGAUUUAAAAAUGGCGAUGGAAUUUUAUGUCCAGGUGGAAGUACUUCAAAUAUGUAUGGAAUUCAUACAGCAAGACAGUCAAAAUAUCCCGAAACAAGACUUAAAGGUAAUCCAGAAGGAUUAGUAAUUUUCACAUCGGAGGAUGCACAUUAUUCAAUAUUGAAAGGAGCAACCUUCCUGGGAAUUGGAACGAAAAACUUGAUUGCCGUAAAGACCAAUGAGUCUGGUCAAAUGGAUGUUGAUGAUCUAGAAAUGAAAAUUAAUGAUUCAAUUAAAAAUAAUCUUAAGCCAUUCCUUGUCAAUGCAACAUGUGGCACAACGGUACUCGGGGCAUUCGACGAUUUAAAUAAGAUUGCUGACGUAUGCGAAAGAUAUAAUUUGUGGUUGCAUGUCGAUGCUUGUCUAGGUGGAUCUGCAAUUUUCUCCCGAAAACACAAGCAUCUGUUAAAUGGAUGCGAGAGGGCAAACUCAAUUUCAUGGAAUCCUCACAAGACUAUGGGAGUUCCACUUCAAUGUUCCUUAUUCAUGAUAAAUCAGAAGGGAAUUUUGCAUGAAUGCAACUCAUCAUCAGCAACAUAUCUUUUUCAACAAGAUAAAUUUUACGAUACAUCGUACGAUACAGGCGAUAAAUCGCUAUCGUGCGGUAGGAAGGUUGAUGCAUUUAAAUUUUGGAUAAUGUUCAAGAAGCAUGGAAUGAUUGGAUUUGAAGCGAUGAUUGAUAAUGCAUUUGAAAAGGCAUCCUAUUUUGCAGAUCAGGUUAAAAGUCGUGAGGGAUUUGAGCUCGUAGUGCCAAUACAGUAUACAAGUAUCUGCUUCUAUUACGUUCCUGAAUACAUGAGGAAGCAAGAGCAACGGGACGAAACUUGGUGGAAGGGAAUGUCAAAAGUAACAGCAUUUAUUAAAGAGCAAAUGGUCAUGAAUGGAAAUUUAAUGCUUGGAUAUUCGCCAUUGGCAAGUAAGAAUCUUGGGAAUUUUUUCCGAAUGGUCGUGACCUGUCAACCACUUGCUACUUACGAAUCGAUGGAUUUUGUACUGAAUGAGAUUGAGAAAAUUGCUCGAAAAUUUGAGUUUCAUGAUCAUUUCUAAAUCGUCAAUGUCCACCGCACCAUCAUGUCUGAAAAGAAAUUUUAUCAUCGCAUAGAAAUAGAAAUGAGUGAAACUGGAAGGAAGGAGAAGAACAAAUUCAAUCAAGAAAAGUUUUAUGACUCAAUUCAUAUUAAAUAAUAAAGUUAUAAAUGUCUUUCAAUCAAAUUUUUGUUGCUAGAAGUCAAUAUGGUAGCAACAACAAGCAGUAUCUAUGGUGAUGACAUUCAAUUUUCAUAAUUUUAUCAUUCUUUGUGAACUGGGGGUUGUUUAUGUAUGAUGUCAAUAAGAUAGUAAGGUUUUUUGAUUCCCUAGAGGACUUAAGAAGGCACAGUUUACUGAAAACUGCUUUAAAAUCAUUUUGAUAUAGCAAAAUAUUUUUAAGGAAGUUGUUGUCCCCCUGGUGUCCUUCUUUAUGACAUUUUGGAUAUUGUUGAUACUAAAAGUGACUAAAACAACAGUAAUAGUACUAAGUGACUAUGUGUAGAACUCCCUACAACUUUCGUAUGUGUAUACACUUGUAAAACAAGUCGGGUUUGAUGAGAGUCGAACCUGCGACCUCAAAAGAGGUGAUCUUUGACCACUCGAUCAGAGAUCCCUGCUACUAGACCACCGAGGUACUUAUAACACUUCGGCUUUCCGUCAUACACAUACAAUAAGUUUAACUGCGAGCCCUUUGCUCAGACCUAUUUACUCCAGAUAUGCUCUUCGAGCCAUAUCCACACUAUGAAGCCACUAUUGUCUCUAAUCCAUAAAUAAUUUGCACCUUCUUACCCAUCUUAAUUGACAUCAUUUAUUAACAACUCCACUAGAAAUACGAAAAAUAAAUUUUAUUUAAUGGAAAUAAAGAAAUAAAUUAUGUUGGUUAAAUAAACAAAACAACAAGCACAG